AUGAGCCCACAUGAGUCGAGAGCCACGCUCUCAGACAGCAUGAGGGACUGGGCCUUGCGCCAACCUAUGUUUUUCGUGGCCUCGGCACCACUACGUGGCCGCCAUGUCAAUCUUUCACCCAAGGGUCUUCCAGAAUCAUCGCUCGCCGUCAUAAACUCUGGUCAGGUCGCAUACAUCGACUCGAUCGGCACCGGAUGCGAAACAAUCGCCCACGUCCGCGAGAAUGGUAGGGUGACACUGCUGUUCUGCUCUUUCGACAAGGUCCCGCGCAUCCUGCGUCUCUAUUGCGCCGGCACCGUCGUAGAAAUUGAUGUACCCGAAUAUGCUAUUUGGUUGAAAAAGUUGGGGGAGAAGAAGCUGGUCGCUGCCCGGGCCAUCAUUGUCCUCGACAUCUUCAAGGCACAGUUGUCGUGCGGAUUUGGCGUUCCGUAUCUAGGCCUCGAUCCUGAUGCAGCGGCAAAGGAACCUACACCGCGCCUGCUCACGCGUCCGCGGCUGGACCAGUUUGGCCAAUACACCGUCGAUCGAGGCCAGUUGCAGGACUACAAAAAGAGACACAACACUAGAAGCUUGGACGGGCUUCCCGGACUUCAUUGCGCUCUCCGCGACAGCGGCCAGAGCGUUUGGUGGGCCGAGUGUCAAAACUGGCACUGUCGGCAUCAGCCUACAAUCGAACGGGUUCAGAUGGGCAUCAUACUUGGGCUGCUUCUCCUAUUAGCUCUCUAG